AUGGUGGACCAGCAGCUAGGGGAGCAGCAGACAGGGGAGCCGCAGACAGGGGAGCAGGAGCUGUGGGGAAUCAGAGAUGGUGGUCGUGUGUUGGCUUCUGGGACGAUCACUGCGCCACUGCGUCGCUCCACUCGCAUCACCCGUGGUAUCCCGCCUCUUAACUUCGAUACAAGCUGUCUCGAUACAGGAUGGCGUCGCAAGAAGCUAAACGCGUCGUGCGAUCCAUGGCCGUACUUAUUCCCGUGGCGCGCGCUGGAACCUGGGGAAACAAUCUUAAGCGACGAGUUCUUAGCCACCGCGUCUGGCGGCGGAAACCGCGGACCACUGCUUGCGCUGGCGGGCGCGACGCUGGCGGAAGCUGCGGUCGCGACAGCAGGAGGAGCGGCGUCGCCUGCUGACGUGUCAAUAGCGAACGGGGUCACGGGAGUCACGGACACCCUGCUAGCAGCUGAUGGGUCCCGCUUUGUACGGCUGACUUCCGCCUUUUCCGCGUCGCCUAGUAGCAACGACAGUUCCGGUGGUAGCAAUAGCAGUAGCGCGUUUGACGGCCCAGGCGUAUCGCAAGCGCUGUGCGCAAUCAAACCCGUGGCGCCGACGAGCAACGUGUCGCAGCAGGCGCAGCAGCAGCAGUCCCCGCGCCUGCUGUCGCUCUCGUUCGUUGCGCGCGCCAGCCUGUGCGCGGAGGGGGAAGGUGGCGCGGAAGGGGAGGCGGAGCGGCUGUUGAAGGUGCUGCUGAUGGCAGUUCCGCUGAACGCUUCCGCCGCCUCCGCGGCAGGGGGAGCGGCAGCAGCUGGGGAAGGGGCGGGGGAAGGAGGCGCGGGGGAGCAGGUGGGGGGGGAGUGGCGGGUGGGCGUGCCAUGCGGGGGGAGCAUUGCGAGUUUGUCCGGCGCCUUGCCUUGGCUGGCGAGAGCAGCAGGAGCAGGAGCAGGGGCAGCAGCAGCAGCAGGGGCAGCAGCAGCAGCCGCACCCGCAGUGCAAGCAGCUGGCGGGAUUGCAGCAGGGGAUGCGUCGCCUGUAUCGCAAACUGAGACAGCAGCAGUGGAGGGUGUGGUGGGGGAACGACCGACGGCAGCAGCACCGACCGUGCAAGCAGCUUGUGCAGCGACCGCAACAGCAGCAGCGGGGGAUGUGGUAGCUAGGCCGGCAGCAGCAGCAUCCACUGUCGCUGCGAGUACGGGAGGAGGAGGAGACGCGGGAGUGAACGCGAGAGUGGAGGCGACGAUGGUGAAGGGAGAGGGGGUGGCAUCGGAAGCGGGGACCACGGCUAUGGACCUUGUGUCUGUCAUUCCUGCUGGCACCGACCCUUCCCCGCUCAAGUCCUUCUCUCACUGGCCGCUCUCCUGCGCCCACCCGCUCCUCACAGCCGGCUCAGCUCGCCGCAACCGUGCCUCCCUGGCCCUCACCUCGCUCUCCGACCUCAACUCUGCUGCUCUCGCACUGCACCCCGCCCCCUUCGCCCUGCUCGCCCCCGCCACGCCCGCCUCCCCCUGCCGCCCCUUCUCCUUCUCCACCUCCUUCGCCUUCCGCAUCUCCUCCCCCAACGCUGCCGGGCUGGGCGGCGAGGGCUGCGCGUUUGUGAUGCUGCCGUCUCCCACGCUCGGCCUGCCGGGGCCCUCCCUGGGCUACGGCCGCGUGCUGCUGCCACCCGGUAGCACGACCGGUGCUGAUAAUUUUAGUGACGUGUCAUCUCAGGUUCGUGUCAUCUCAAGUACGUGUCAUCUCAGUUACGUGUCUUCUGAGGUACGUACGUGUCACCUCAGGUACGUGUCAUGUCAUCUCAGCUACGUGUCAUCUCUCGCUGUCCGUCUCUUGUCUGCGGGCUUCUUUAUCGCGUCUCCUCCGCCUGACUUACUUUGUUUAUCUUGUAUUUCUCACUCUCCUACUCUGCCGCACUGCUGUUUUGCUUAUUUGCUGCUACUCCCCCCCUCCCACACGCGCUAUCCACAGCAGCAGCGGAGCCUGGCAGUGGAAUUCGACACGUCCUAUUCUCCCGAGUUCUUCGACCGCCCCGACCACCACGUGGGGGUGAACCUGCACGGCAGCAUGCUCUCUCUCGCCUCUGCCUCCGUGCACCCCGUCGGCAUUCCCUCCCUCAACGCUGGCAGCAGCGCCCCCCCCGCCGCUGUUUGUGGGAUUCACAGCAGCCACGGGCAAGGGGGCGGAGCAGGCUCAGGCGCACGAGGUGCUGGGGUGGACGUUCCAAAUGGGGGAGGGUGA